AUGGUUGUAACCUUGUUGCAUCGUUGUCCUUUCCCUCUUCCCGUGCUCUUCUCUCUCUUCUCGUCCGCUUCGGUGUGAGAUCCACGCGCUUCCCUUCUCCGUCUCUCGGCUUCUCAUCCCUCAUCUCUCGAUUUGAUCCUGUUUGUAGGAGCACAGGGAGAGAUGGGGCUCACGUUCACGAAGCUCUUUGGCCGGCUUUUCGCCAAGAAGGAGAUGAGGAUCCUGAUGGUUGGUCUCGAUGCCGCCGGUAAGACCACCAUCCUCUAUAAGCUCAAGCUUGGCGAGAUUGUCACUACCAUCCCCACCAUCGGGUUCAAUGUGGAGACAGUGGAGUACAAGAACAUCAGCUUCACUGUUUGGGAUGUUGGUGGCCAGGAUAAGAUCAGGCCUCUGUGGAGGCACUACUUCCAAAACACCCAAGGCCUUAUCUUUGUGGUUGACAGCAACGAUAGAGAUCGUGUUGUUGAGGCUAGGGAUGAGCUGCACAGGAUGCUGAAUGAGGAUGAAUUGCGCGAUGCUGUCCUGCUUGUGUUUGCAAACAAGCAAGAUCUGCCUAAUGCAAUGAAUGCUGCUGAAAUCACUGAUAAGCUUGGGUUGCACUCCUUGCGCCAACGGCACUGGUACAUACAGAGCACCUGUGCAACAUCUGGUGAGGGCUUGUAUGAGGGUUUGGACUGGCUCUCCAGCAACAUUGCAAACAAGGGUUAAAUCUUAGCACUCUUUCUCAGUUGAAGACAAUGAUCUCAAAACGGAUACCUGAUCCUUAGUUAUUAAUUGUCAAAUUGCUACUGCAAAACUUCAUAUUUUGCCUCUUACUUCAUAUAUGGUUGCCUGGUAUUUGUAGCGUUACACUUUACUAUUUGGUUUUUGCUUGUUGACUCUGCUGCCUUUUGGAAUGAUGAUGUUGAUUACCUUGCCAUUGCUUAUAUUAAUUUAUCCUUAAAGCGUACUAA